CCCAGGCCAGGUCAGGUGAGGUGCGGCGGGAAGGCGGCGCGCACGCGGCGGGGCCGGUGCGCGGGGCGGCGGGUGAGCGCUAGCUGCCAGCCCCGGACCCGCCGGUGCCAUGGACGGCCUGCGCCAGCGCUUCGAGCGCUUCCUGGAGCAGAAGAACUUUGCUACCGAGGCGCUCGAGGCACUCGAAGCCAAGACCGGGGUCGAGAAGCGGUAUCUGGCCGCGGGAGUGGUCACUCUGCUAAGCCUGUACCUGCUCAUCGGCCCGGGGGCGUCUCUGCUGUGCAAUGUCAUCGGCUUUGUGUACCCCGCCUAUGCUUCAGUCAAAGCCAUCGAGAGCCCCAGCAAAGAGGACGACACAGUGUGGCUCACCUACUGGGUGGUGUACGGGCUGUUCGGGCUGGCCGAGUUCUUCAGCGACCUGCUCCUGUCCUGGUGCCCUUUCUACUACGCGGGCAAGCCCCCGAGAGCCCCCCCCGGCCGGCGAGAAGGGGGGCACGGCGAGCCCCCAGCCCUCCAUGGAGUCCUCCACAGGGUCCAUGACAGAGACCGCCACUGGCCUGCUGGGUCUAGACAAGGCCCCCAGAGUCUCCCCACACACCUCGGGCAAUGUCCAGCCUCGGUUCCAGGUGGCGUCCAGCUCCGGGGCCCGGGCCCAGCCGACCUCCAGCUCCACCAGCGGCACCCAGGUGGCCGUCACGGCCCGGGGCCAGCCUCGCACACAGGGCAACCCCAGCCGGCCCCAGCCACGCGCGGGCCCCUCCGUGGCUCCCGCAGGGGCAGAGCCCUCUGCACCUGCACAGCGGCCUGGCACCUCUGCUGGCCCCGGGCUCGCCCCUGCACCAUCUCCCGGUGCUGACGGUGCGCAGCCCCCCAGUGAACCCGAGGCCCCUGCCCACAAGGCCAGCAGGGGCACGUGGCAGCGGGAGCAGUCCCAGCCCGGGCCGGCCAGCAGCACCUCGGUGCCGGAGCUGGCCGGGCCCGAGCGCGGCGAGUCCUCCCUGGAGUACUCCUCAGAGUCCACUACCGAAGUCACCUGCCACUGGCCGCGCCACACACUCGGGCUGGGCUACCUGCCACACUGCUGGCGCCUGCGGCACCUGGCCUGCUAGGCCACCCUCAAUAAAGCACACCUGGACCCAC